UGUAUAAAGAUAAUUUUCAUGUUUAACUUUAAUUUUUAUUUCGUUUUUUUAGAUCAACGAUCACAAAAAGGCUUAUCUAAAUGUGUUAAUGGGGGAACUAUUGGGAAAUAUUCUUCCCAAUCAGGCAGGCAAUUGGAGACAGACAUGGUAAUCAUGUCAUACAUUGCCAGGUCAAGUAGUCCAUUCACUCUAGUAGAUGAACCAUGCUUCAAAGAAAUGGUGGAACAUUUAAAUCCAAAAGUAAUUGUGAAACAUUCCUCGACUUUUUCAAGGUACAAGCUGCCAUUGCUUUAUGAAAGCGUUAUGGAUACUGUGCAAAACCUAAUUGAAAAAGAAGUUUCCACAUGUCAACAGGUGGCUAUCACCACUGAUGGUUGGACCUCUAGGUCACAGGAUCCAUACAUGACUCUUACGCUUCACUAUAUCAAUAGUCAGUUUGAACUGAAAAAAUAUGUUCUCAACUUUGACAAUUUCGUGGGAAGACACACUGGUUACCACAUUAGCAAAGCUCUGGAAGAAAUGAUCCAAAAAUAUCCGGUAUUGGACGCCGUGCCUAAGAAAGUAAUUGUCCACGAUGCGGCGGCAAACAUGAAACAUGCUGUGUCAAUCAUGAACAAAACAAAAUAUGAAUCACUGUUGUGUGCAGACCACCUACUAAACACUAGCCUACUACAUGCUACCAAUGAAGUGCAAGAAGUCAAAGAAUGCAUAGAUAUUGCCACACAACUAUCUAGCAAAGUCCACAGAUCCACCUUAGCUUGUCAAUUUAUUGAAAAAGAGUGUAUGUUGCUCCGUGUAAACUAUGUUAAAAUCAUUGCUCCGGUAAAACCCAGGUGGAAUUCUAACUGUUUUAUGCUGGAGUCAAUCCUUAAACUUAAAGAUGUGUUGAUUUCUCUUAGAGAAAAAGAUGCACUAAAUAACAACCCACUACAGAACGUUAUUCCAAGUGACAGCCAAUUUUCACUGAUGGCUUCACUGAUGCCAGUCUUAAAAAAAAUGAAGAUUAUGUCAGAUUGCAUGUCCAAGGACACUGAACCAGUGCUUCAUCAUAUGCUAACUAUGCUUUAUAAAACUGACAAUUUUCUUCAUGACCACAUUGAUAUGGAAAACAGAGAAAUAGUUAAUGCUUUUUGUAAAAAACUAAGUGAGCAUUUACACCUAACCACGCGAUUCAAUGAACAUGGAAGAUACAACCAACACUAUGCCUUGAAAACCUUCUUCAUCCGUACUUUAGAGGUUAUAAGUUUUAUUUCUUGGUAAAAAAAAACAUUCUUUAAUAUUCUUUAUUUGUUAAAAGAC